AAAUAAUUUCAAAGUUUUCGGUAGUUUUUAAAUUCCCUGCCUUCUUUUAAAAAAAACUUAUUUUCCCUUUGAAAGCUAAAGUAAAGUUAAUAUAUAAAAACCCUUCAAAAAUGACGAAGAGACCGCAUAUUAAUAAUUGUUGCUUUUGUAUUCCGUUAAAAUCUGGCGUUAUUAUUAUCACAUUGUUAUGGCUUAUUUUCGGAAUUUAUGCGAUUAUAGACAGUUCAUUAGGAAUCGCCACACCAAAUAAAGUAAAUGCGCUUAUAUAUUUCAAAGUACAAUAUAUUGCUUCAAUUGUUUUCAAUGCAUUAAUAACUUUCGGGGCAGCAUUCGGAUUAUAUGUAUUAACAUAUGCAAAUAUUCCAAGAAUGUUGUCUAUAUAUGCUAAAAUAGCUUAUGUUAUUGUUGGAAUCAAUGUUAUAAGUCAUAUAUUAACAGCAGUCGUUUCUGUUGUGUUUAAAGCAGAUAUAUUGAAAUUAUGUGCAGAAUUAAAUGCUAAUAUUAUCGCAUCUGUUAACGAAAAAUCUGGAGCAUGUAAUGAAGAAUAUGAUGAUUUUUUAAAAUCUAUUAUAAUGAGUGCCGUUGUUUCAACUCUUAUUUCGGUAUACUUCGCUAUUGUAAUUGCAUCUUACGCGCAGAGAAGAAAUGAAAAAGAAAAAGAAACUACUGCUGCUGAUGCUGCUGAAACACAUUUAUAUGAAAAAACUAGUAAAUUAUAAAUUUAAUUUGUUAUUUGUAUAUGAUGAUUACCCCCUUUUGAAAUGUUGUCAGACAACUUCUUUGUCGGUUAAAACUUUUAAAUAAUUUUAAUAAUCGGUAUUCCGAUAUCGGCCGGUUGUGACCGGUUUUAUGCUAAUGUAAUACAGAACAAUUAACUGCAUAUUUGUUUAUUUUUGAAAAUAAAUUUUUUUUCGGUACCUGCCUGAAUUAA